AUGGGUUGGGUUCUGAACGCAUCGGCCGAGGUCGACGCCCAGUCCGAGUAUCCCAAGAUCAUCGCCAUCACCGUCCUUCUCAGCGUCAUCUCGGCGACCGGCGUCAUCUGGCGACUGUUCAUCCGGCACAAGAGUCGUGGCCUCGCCAACGACGACUACAUGGCGGCACUCUCCAUGGUGUUUGCGUUCGCAUAUUCCGCCCUAUGCAUCGCGCAAACGCGCUACGGUCUCGGCCUUCCCCUGGCAGCGCGCCCUCGGGAGAACCUGAUCACGUACACCAAGGUCAACUUUGCCGGGCGCCCCAUCUACCAGCUGGGCGUCUCCUUUUUCAAAAUGGCGCUUCUCAUCUCCUACCUGCGUCUGCUCCAGGGGACCUCGCAGUUUUCGUACCGACUGGUCGUGUACACGACCAUUGCGCUCGUCUUCCUGGCGCACCUUGCCUGUGCAUUCUCCCUCAUCUUUGCGUGCACGCCGGUCGCCAAGUCCUGGCAGCCACGCAUGGAUGGGACAUGCCUCCCCCCAGGGCCCUCAUUCACGGCGUACGCGGUGGUGACAAUCAUCUCGGAUGUCGUCGUCGCCGUCCUGCCCGUGCCCAUGCUUGUGGGCUUGAAUAUUCAGACGGCCAAAAAGGUUGGCUUGAUUGGCAUCUUCAUUCUGGGGCUGUUCACGACCAUGUGUUCUGUGUUUCGGUACCUCCAGAUCGACCGGAUUCAGUUUGGCGACGGUAACACUACCAUGCUGAUCCUCUGGGGCGUCAUUGAGUUCAACGUCGGUAAUCUCGUCUCCAGCCUGCCGUUCCUCGCGCCCGUCUUCAUACGCAAGGCCAAGGACUACCGCUCACGCCCCUCUGCUGGCUCCUCGGACGGCUAUGGGCGGAGAUCUCGACGCCCCCGGACACGCGAGGCAUACAAGCUCAGUGGUAGGAGCACCGGCACCUCGCAAAGUGUGUUCACGUCGGCGACGCGCGAUGCCAAGACAAUGACCGCCAGUCAGGAGGACAUUCUGCCGCAGCCAGGGGCGAUCAUGAAGUCAGUGACCUACACUGUCAAGAUCGACGAUGGAGGACGUGAUGACUUUGGUGCACGCCAGUAA